AUGUCAUUAUCAGUCCUAUCCGUCGUCUCUUUCAUCUUUCGAUGCACAACAGUCAACUAUCGAUAUCUUUACUUCCUUAUCUUGAUACCAAAUGCUUUAGUUAUCGUCACAUGGACUUGGAGACAUAAUCUAUCAGGAUUGUCAUGGUGGUCGAAUCAAGUAGCCGCAACGAUCGUGGUCUUUGUUUACUUUGCCAUAUUCUGUCACUUUGGAUGGAAUAGGAUCCAUCCUACGCUUUAUGGUUUGGUUCUAGGAGCAGUGGUGCUACAUACAGUUAUAUCGUUUCCACCCGAUGAGAUGUGUAAAGCGCUAGAUGGUUUAUGGGCUGACUGUAUUGAUUCCGAUUGUUGGUUACCGUCAUAUUCUUGGGUGGUGCUGCGUGAUGGACUACUGGUUUUAUGCAGCCUCAUCGGUGUCAUUGCCUUAAGGUAUUCUCUCACUCAUCCAGUUCAAUUUUGUGAUCGAGCACCUUACGUCUUAAUCGAUGAACCACCACUCUCAAAUCUAUCGUCACAAAGAACUAGAGUGAGACGAAGAUGUGGGACAAGAACACGUCCAAAGAUUCGUUGUACGUUGGUUCGAUUCGUUGUUUUCGGAAGAAUUCACAAUCGUCGUCGGCGAUAUGAUUCUCCUCACUUUACAUGGGGUUAUUAA